AAAGGUUCUUCUGGGAACGAAAAAUGAUACAAGAAAUAAUUUUUGAUAAAAAAUUUAAAUUUCGUGAUAAAAAAUUUACAUAAAGAAAAUGAAUUUUCCAAGAAAAAUGCUUCAUUAUAAAAAGGAGUUUGAUAUCAAAAGUGAAUGAGAAAAAUAAAUGAAAUCAAAGGGAAAUUUUAAUUACAAAUUUCUUCACGAUUCGGGAUAUAGACGAGAGUCUUAAAAGGUUUCGCGAGGGGGAAAGUGAACGCGCGAAAAAAAAAUCUGAAUUGGAAAUUUUAAUUAAGAGACGAUAAAAAAUAAUCCGGAAAAAUGCUGAAAGCUCUUUUACUGCUUUUGACUUUAAUAGUCACACAAUGUUUAUCGAACGAAAUUCGAUGGGACCACAGUGUUGACUUAGACGAGAACUUUCGAUUGUUAUGGCGUGUGAAAGAACCUGACAUAAUCAUUGAAGUGCAAGUGAGAACACAUGGUUACGUUGGCUUUGGUUUCACACGAAGUGAAUACAUUUAUGGAGCGGAUAUGGUCGUUGGAUGGGUGGAUAACAAGCACACGUUCUUUCAAGAUCGGCACAUACCAAUUCAUAGUAACAACGGAGAACCGGUCUUGGAUCCAUCGCAGGAUUAUGUACUGUUAUUAGGAAGGGAGAAUUCCACUCAUACAAUACUCCGCUUUAGACGGAAGCUCAGAACGUGUGAUGAAAAAUAUGACGUUGCCAUCACGAACGAUACAAUGAAAGUCGUUUACAUGUACCACUCCGAUGAACCCAAACGAGGCUCUUUACAACAUGGAAGUUUGCCUGACCCUGAAUUAGCUUUAAAGCCCAUCAAAUCGUUGCUGUUUCUCCAAAGACCAAAAUUUGAGAAAGUUGCAAAGCAAAAUGAUGAAAAUAUUGAAACAUUUGAUGUGAGAAUGAAGAAUGUUUUAAUGACGUCAUCCAAUGUUACAAAGGCUUGCAGUGUUUUGAGAUUGAAGGAGAAUCAACGUGGACAUGUUGUCGCUUAUAAGCCAAUCUUUGAGCCUAUGAUAGCAAGAACUUACAUCAUGCACAUGAUAGUUUACGAAUGUAGAAACAAACAUCACCCAAAUUAUAAUAUCGAUGAAGACAACGCGUCAUGUGCAAACAUUCAGAAGCUUCAAUGCACGACAAUUACUGCCACAUGGUCAAGAGGUUCACAAGGUUUUGUUUAUCCCGAUGACGUCGGUUAUCCAAUUGACAGUGACAUCGCCAGUUUAUAUUUCCUUGAAAUUCAUUACGAAGUUCCAACAAAAUCUUUUGCUGAUCACAAUCGAAUCAGUGACAGUUCAGGCAUCAAGUUCUUUAUGACGUCAGUGAAAAGGAAACACAAUGCGGGACUUUUAUCGAUUGGCAUUCAACCAGUGUGGACACACAUCAUCCCACCGGGAUUUAGAAAAGUGACAUCAAUUGGAUACUGCACUGGGAAGUGUAAUAAAGAAGCUUUCUCAACAACAGCAGCUGGUGGUGGUAGUGGAAUUAACGUCAUUGGCAUUCAGAUGCAGACACACGAGAUGGGAAAAUCAAUCAAAGUAGGACUUGUGCGAAGUGGAUCGGAACUUCAUCCAAUCGCUCAAGAUCAUAACUUGGAUUCGGAAUAUCUCGAAUAUCGAGCAUUGACCAAGGCAAUUCAAGUUCUUCCUGGCGAUGAUUUAAUGGUUGAAUGUGCUUACAAUAGUUUUGAUAAAACAAAGUUGACAUUGGGUGGAUAUGAAGCACAACAAGAAAUUUGUCAAGCGACUCUCGUUUAUUAUCCUAAACAAGAUCAUUUGACUUCUUGCUAUUCGAAACCGAAGACAAAGAACUUCUUGAAAUCAUUGAACAUCGAUAAGCUUCGAAAUUCACCACCAUUUGCUAUCGAAUUGCCUGAGAAAUAUGCUGGGAAAACAUUGGAAGAACAUUUAAAGACUUACGAUUGGAAAACCGAAUUUGAUCAUUUUGAACAAGUCAGUCAAACUUCACCAAUCGAUGUUGUGUGUUCUGGUUCUGGUGGAAGUAGACGGAUAAUUGAUGACGACCCUGUACAUAUUAAGCAACCAUUCCGCCCACCACCAUCGAUUUGUGAGCGUAUAAAAAAUCAAAUCGAAGAAUCGAUCGAUGAUAACAAUCUCGGCAACAUUCAACAAGCACGAAGUAAAGUGUUGAGAAGCUCAGAUUUUAGUACAUUAAAUUUUUCAAAUAGUUCUAGACGACUUAGAGUCAUUAAUUGGCUAUUAGCUGUAGUGACAAGUUUAGCAAUUUUACGUAAAUUUUCAAUUGCGACCUGUCAUUGAACAUAUAUGUAUGUCCUUUUAAAAAAAGAAAACCAAAAACCUUUUGAUAUCAAAUUUAAAAGUAAAUAAAUAAAUUGCUAUAAGCGAUAAGCAAUCAUCCGAUGAAAAAGAAAAAAAAAUUGAAGAAAGC